GCCGUUUCUCUCUUUGCGAAUUUCUUCAUUUCACUUUCGGAGAAAGAGAGAUGGCGCUUAACAGAUGGCUGCGACAGAUCGACCUUGAAUUCUCGAAUAUCGAGAACUCGCAAACCGAUUGGUCGUUCUUCCUAUCGCGCAGCCGCGUACACACAUACAGCGCUCCGAUUAAUGUAAACCGGAGCACAUGCUCGCGCAGCAACCUUCAUCCAUCCUCGUCUUUCACAGUUGGCGGUUAUUAUGUUCUGCUGGUGUUGCAUUUGCGCGUACGGAGGUUAUGCGAAUGAAUGAUCAUGAAUUCUUUGCGUGCGCUCGGUUUCACCGCAACCGAUUGAGUGUCUUGUUGACGCGAGAAAAAUAAUGCGCAUACAUUAUCGGCGUAAUAUAACUGAGCGAAAACGGUGGGGAAAAAAAAACGCAGAAACCGGCGUAACACACGUAGCUUACACGUUAUUACGUAUCGCGUAUAUAACGAGUACUCGGCAAGAAUUACGCGCGAGAAGCUGUCGGGAUCCGUGCGAAUGAAAGCGUGAAUAGACCUCUUUGAGUGAAAAUUAGCGCACAUUAGCGUUGUCGAGUUCAAACAAUGUACGUGUGGAAAAUAACCGGUUACGCUCUGAAACGAUUCAAUCGCGGCUACAGUGCAAACGGCAGGUUGGCGAUCGUUUUGGAGCAGUGCAAUCCGCAGAGUUGCGGCGGAUUUUAUCGCAAGCGGAUAAGCGUGUGGCUGCGAGAACAGGGCACGCAGGUUACGCGUGCCUGCAGGCAACAGUUCGAGUUCAUCGCUGCGCAACGUGUCCGACGAUGCAUACAGAUAUUCCAUUUGUACACAAGAUUGUGGGACGAAAUGGCGCUGAGGGAAUUCAUGCGCUCGUGGAGAAUGAGAGUCGCCAGGAACGCGGAGAAUUUUCUGAUAAGCGCGGUCGGCAUUACGGCUUACAAUUGGGAUCGCGACAGAAUAAGUGACCAGGAAAUUAAUAGGUGGUACAACAAUGAAAUCGAAGGCAUUUACAAGUUGCGAAAUUCCACAGUUGUCUGUGCGAAAUGUCAUUUGCGAAUUGUUAUCGACGUUGUACAGCCCGAUGUUAAAUAUUGCAAGUGUAGCGGAGCUCAGUCCACUUGUGCCAAUCAUGAUCCAGAUGAUUGGCAGCCAUUUAUUGAGCGCCAAGACAUGUUGAUAUGGAGAAAAAAGGAGCCUGAUUCCGGUGGACUGUUUGCGUAUAAAGUAUAUGGUUCGUUCUCAGACGUUACCGCUGAUGAUUUUCUUCAAGUGCAAAUCGAUGUAGAUUACAGGAAGCAGUGGGAUCCUACUGCUCAGGAAUUACAGAUCAUCGAGACUGAUCCGAAUUCAGAAUCGUCUGUUGAUCACAGUACUGACAUUAUUCAUUGGGAGAUGAUUUGGCCUAAAUUAUUUUCGAACAGAGAUUACGUCUAUCAACGACGAUGGGUCGUGGACAAAGAAAAGGGGCUUAUAAUUAUUGUCAGUCGGGUGACGGAACAUCCUGAUGUGCCAGAAAGACGGGGAAUUUACAGGGUAAGGACAUAUUGGUCGUACAUGGUGAUAAAACCGUACACAAACUUCCACGAGCCCGGCAUCGAAUUCGGACUCACUUACUUCGAUGAUCCCGGUGUCGCUGUACCAUCGGCUGUUACCGCGUGGGUGGCGCUAAGGGGUUUACCGGAUUUCUUGAUUCGCAUGAGACAAGCCUCGAAGGAUUAUCAAAAGUAUAAACUUAGCAUAGCCCGAUCUGAUAGCAGUCAUCUCACUUUAACAGAAGAAAAUACUUCGAAAGGGCAAGUCAAAGAUGACGUAGAAGAUAAGUUAAAGGAAGAUGAAGGGUCGAUGAGGGAUUCUAAAGAUCAACAAGACGAUUCCGCAAAGAAUCCUGGCGAUUUAGAUCUGAUACGUGAUACACAGAAAGAAACUGAAACUAAGGAUAUCCCUACCGUGGGUAACACCGCGCCCAAAGAGGAAAAAGGUUUAUUGCAUUAUUUCUACCUCACAAAAUUGAUUGCGCUCUUAGAUAUUUGACAAUUUAAUUUAAUAGUAUGAUUUUGACUAGUAGAUACUUUAACGUGAAUUCCGCACGGACGUAAUAAUAAAUCCGCUAUUGGUAUAUAGAACAGACUUGUGGAACAGACUUGAUGAUACUUGUGGAAGACAAGAGAAAUGUCGUUAGUGUUUAUUGGAUCGGAGAUACAGCGCGUUUUGCAUACACAGCAAAAAAUGAAAUCGUGAACGUAUCUCGUAGAUUUUUUUUUGUUAAACGGUGGAUUUUUUUUAUAAAAACCAAAACAGAAGUAAAAAAAUGAAAAGAUUAAGACUGAUUAGAUAUCAUUGAUUUUUUAAGUCUGUUUGCUCCGAACGUGUGUAUCAUAUGUUGUAAACAGUCAUGAAAGCAAGAACAACCAAUUGUUUUUAUUAAAUUGUGGAAUAAGGAAUUUAGAAUUGUGUAUGUGAAUAUUUUACAGUAGCACGAACGGAUGUGUAUGAAAACGAAACAAAUUUAUUGUAUUUCUUAACGCGGUAUAAAACUAAGCUAAGAUAUGUAUGCGUAUACAUGUACAAAUAUUUAAUAUGUGAUGUAUAAAAAUACACUUGUGUAUAUUUAUACAUACUCGCGAAUAUG